AUGUCCGCGAUAGAUACCUCGGCUUGGUUCCAGCCAGAGAUUGGUCCCCGCUUGCAACCAAGCAUCCAGUUCGUCUUUCGUCAAUGGAGCGGGCUAGCCGACGAGAAAUUGACAUCACAUCUACAUCAAAUUCGCGAUCAGGCAUGGCCACUGGGGAAAUACCCAUGUAUCGGCCUCUGGAUGUUCCUGCUACCAGGAAUCGCAGCCUUUCCCCAAUUCCCCACUAUCCUUGAGACCGCUCAACGGCCCCAGGCUGCAAUUCUCGAUCUGGGAUGUGGUCUCGGUCAGGAUUUACGGUUGCUUGCCGCUCACGGCGUUCCCACGGAGCGCAUGUGGGCGCUGGACAUCGAGCCCCACCUGUGGGGGCUGGGUUAUCAGCUCUUUCGUGACGAAGGACGCAUGAAGGCCACGUUUAUUAACGCCGACUUUCAGAAAACAGAUAUUGCGGAAGAUGACCGGUUUUCCGCGUUGAGGGGAAAGGUGGACCUAGUGCUGGCAUCACAGUUCCUGCAUUUGUUCGACUGGGAAGGCCAGAUAGUGGCGAGUAAGAAGAUCGUCGGUCUAUCUAAGCCAGGUACCAUAAUAGCGGGGUUCCAGCAGGGGCGGAAACAAGCACGGGCGUAUAUUCGGCCCUGGGGAAUGAUGUUUUACCACAAUCGGGAAUCAUUUCUGCAAAUGUGGAAUAUGGUCCAGCAGCAGACAGAGACGCAGUGGACGAUCGACGUCAGUGAGGUGAGAUUACAGGAUUGGGGAAUGCAGGAUGAGGACUUGGAAUGGAUGCCCGAGGAUCGUAUGGGGAUCAAUUUUGUGAUUACGCGAGACUCAUGA